AUGCAGAUUUGGCUUUCAGAUCAAAACGAUUAUGCAGAACUUCGACCAUUGGGUUAUCCAGAAACAAAUGUUGGUAUCUUAUGUUUCUCUCUGGUAAAUCCUGUUUCCCUUAAGAAUGCUGAAAAAUUAUGGAUCAAGGAAUUCAGACAGUAUUUGCCAAAUACUCCAGUACUUCUUGUCGGUUGCAUGAAAGAUCUUCGAGAUCAUUUCGAAAAAAAUACCGAUCCUCAAGCGAAACCAAUAAGUACAAAAGACGGCAAAAAUGUUGCAGCUAAAAUUGGUGCUGAAUACAUCGAAUGCUCGGCAUACGAUCUUAAUGAAGUUAAAGCUGUCUUCGCCAAAGCUUUCGACAUAUUUGAUAAAGAUGCCAGAAUUAAAGAAGGUUUCCAUGUGACAUACUCAAAAGGCUCGGAAGAAAAGAAAGCAACAGAAGACAAAAAAGAUUGCUACAUUGCAUAA